AUGGUGACCGUGGCUGCUCCACAACCGUUAACACCAGAAUACGGUUAUGUAUCUUCAUAUCACUAUGCGCCACAAUAUCAGGAGCUAGCCUUUAUGCCUUAUUAUGUCAACCCGGUGCAAUCGGUGCCAUAUUAUAGUACAUCUUAUCCGAACAAUUCGUAUCCAUCACCACCGAUUCAAACGUCCUAUUCACCUCAAUAUAUGUAUCAACAAAACUCACCACCAACUCCACAACAAACUGUCUCUCAUGAUAAGAUCCUGUCUGGUGCUCCGAAAGAGAACUGCCUCGUCGCUAAAGGAAGAAAAGUCCAUGUCGAUCAUCGGACGAUGACAAUGGAACAACUACAUCCAUAUCUCAUCCCAUUCAAAAUGACCAACGCUGAAUUAGAUUCAAAUGCAUAUCCUCUGUUCAGAGAAGGCUCCAGAACAGCAUCUAUUGCGGAAACAACCUAUACUCUCAACAAGAAAAUGUUCCUGGAUGAUUUUGAUAUGAAGCGUACGUGCAGUAGAUGUCAAAAAGAGUUUAAACUGAGACCAGAUGGGACGAUGGUUCGCGAGAAGGACAUAUGCCGAUAUCACCAUCGAGGAACUAACAGAAACGGAAAGAGAGAUACUUUCCAAAAGCGGUACACUUGCUGCAACGAGGAAUACAAUAGCACACCGGGAUGCAAGUUCAGCGAUGUUCAUGUCUUCGAUCAAUUGUUCAAAAAAGAGCUCGGAACAUUCUACGCUACUCCUCGUCCAACAUCAGCCAACGAUCUCAGAUCCAACAAAGCAUACGCUCUUGAUUGUGAAAUGGUUUAUACAGUCGCUGGACCAGCUCUGGCUCGUUUGACUAUGGUCGAUAUGUAUAAGAAUAUGGUUUUGGAUCUUUUCAUAAAACCACCAACUGAAGUUCUUGAUCCCAAUACGGAGUUUUCUGGCUUGACAAUGGAGGACAUUAAUAACGCGAAGGAUACGAUGGCAUCAUGUCAUCAAAAACUAUUCAAAUUUGUCAAUUCCGAAACUAUUUUAAUCGGACACUCACUCGAAUCGGAUUUGAAAGCGAUGCGAAUCGUGCACACCAAUGUUAUUGAUACGGCAAUCUUGUUCCGAUCGUCGGGUGAUUUCAAAGUCGCACUCAAAAACCUGUCUGCAAAGCUACUCCAUAAAGCAAUCCAAGGCGAUAACGAAGAUGCAGUUGGACACGACUCUCUGGAAGAUGCUGGUACCUGCGUCGAUCUGAUUUUCUAUGGCCUUAAGAAUCCAGAAUCGGUUGUCAUAAGAAAAUAA